UCUGUGACAGACUGUACUCUGCACUACAUUGAGUUAAGACGGGAAAUAUGGACAAGAGCACAUUAGAGAAUGGACAGAUGAAUGUUGCUGUGGACUGGAAUCAGCAAUAAAAUGCUGCCUUGGAAGAAGAAUAAGUUCGACCUGAUUGAGGAAGACAAGCAGUCUAAACAGAAGGGCUAUGCGGUGAGUCUCAACUAUUCGGCGCUCACCUCCUUCGCCAAGUCCUGCCCCGAGAGCGCGCUCAACAGGGUGGGCAGCAUGUUCAAGUCAAAGAGGAAAAAGGUGAAGAUCACCAGCGAGGACCCCACGUACACGGUGCUCUACUUGGGGAAUGCCACCACCAUCCAGUCCAAAGGGGACGGCUGCACGGACGUGGCGGUGAGCAAGAUCUGGGGCAAAAGCGAGAUGGGCAAGAACGGCACCAAGAUGAGGCUGACCAUCAGCUCACAGGGCAUCCGGAUGGUGCAUGUGGACGACAAGGCUAGAAGACCGGGACACUUGUACUUGCUGCACCGGAUAACCUACUGCGUCGCGGACCCGAGGCUACCCAAGAUUUUCGCUUGGAUUUACAGGCACGAGAUGAAGCACAAGGCCGUGAUGCUGCGCUGCCACGCAGUGCUGGUGUCCAAGCCGGAGAAGGCAAAAGCCAUGGCGCUGCUUCUUUACCAGACCUCGGCCACAGCCCUGGCUGAGUUCAAAAGACUAAAACGGAGAGACGAUGCCAGGCACCAGCAGCAGCAGCUCAUAGGGGAACAAACCAUCCCGCUGGUCCCCCUCAGAAAGCUGCUGAACGGACAGUGUUACUACAAACCCCCAGUGGAGCGCAGCCGGAGCGCGCCCAAGCUGGGCUCCAUCACAGAGGACUUGGUCGGGGAGGAGGAGGAGGAGAAAGCGAUGCACUUUGAGUGUGAGGACAUUCUGGACACGGACGAUGAUUGUGUUGCCAAUGGCAAACGGGAGUUGACUCAGAUUAUUAAUGACUUGGGAGAGAUGAGCAUAGGAAACGAUGUGCAGACACUGAAAGCUGACCUUAGAGUCACCAGACUUCUCUCUGGAGAGAGCACGGGGAGUGAGUCCUCCAUAGAGAGCAACCAGGAGCCCCCUCCGCUCACUAAUGGGUUUGAGGAGGUAAAGGUGCAGGAAAUUGCCUGAAUAAUUUUAGGCAUUUCUGGGCGCUUCUGGCGCAUUGUUUUGUUGAGCCACGAUGUCUCCACAAGAAACAUUUCCUCUGUUGUCAAUCUUGUGUUGGAGAGUGUUUGUUUAAUAUGUGCCUCCACGACUAAUUGAAAGGACCCAGAAAAGAUCCUCCAUGGUUCUGGGACCAUUACCGCACACAAACACAUGAUUAGGCUACUGAAUGAUAUUUUAAGAUUGUGUAAACACAGAAAAAAAAAAAAAUUGGAAAAACAAGUGCAUGUCCGUUUACGAAAUGAUAGGUUGAACCGACAAAAUCCCAGUGCGCCUCAGGACGCACGGCACUAAUUCCAUCUCUUUUAUUUAAGAGGAUUUGUUGUAACCUCAAGCUUGUUUACCUAACUUUUUUUCUCUCUCGUGAAAAUGGCAUUUUCCUACUGAAAAAUGCUUAUCAUGAUUUAAAAAAAACAUUCUGUUUUAAAGCACGUUUAUUCCUAAGUGGUUCAGUGGGUUUAAACAGGCAUCCUUAAUUUCCUUGUCAGGGCGCUUCUGUAACAGCCUGCUCAUUUACUUUAUUUUGCACUGUUGUGGAAUUCAUUCAAGUAUUAUGUUGACUACAUGUAUAUAAUGUUUGUUGGUAUGUUGUCUGAAACAUAAACGUCAUAUCUUUGCUGUGCAAAAGAAAAAACACCUUUAUGUAUUAUGAUGUAAAGUAAGAUGUUUUAAGUAUAAAUAUGUUAUUUUUUAAAGAAUAAAAAAUGUGGUUUGUUAUGUGAACCUCAUAGAAUUAUCAAUAAAAAAAAAGAAAA